AUGGGCAUCGUCAGUAGCAAGCCCGAUGAUGGGGCUACUCUCUAUCUUAGAGACCAAAAUCGACUAUCCAUAUCGUCCCUCGUCAUAUCAAACCCGCGAAAGCGUUCUUCUAUAAACAUCGUUCCCAAUGCAUUUCCUGCCACCAGAGUAUCCGCUUCCCGACCGCUGGGUGACAGCAGUCCCAUAGAAUUUGUCCAGGACACAGAAGUCGUUACUAGCCCAGGCGGCGCCCCGAAUUUUAUUCUCAAGCUCAGUCACGACGACGAGCUGGUCUUUACCUUUACCUUUAUUAUUCGUCAAGGACAGCAAUUUGUCACCAGCGGCGCUACCGAGUCUGUUGCCAACGUCGACACUCAAAUCAGCGGGCUGACCUACGUGUAUGCCUCUACACCACGCGAGGUUGAAAACCUCGUUACUCGCGAGUUUCACGCAGACCCGAAUCUACACAAGAACUCCAACGUCGAGUUGGUAGGAGAUUUCGGAACUGGGGGAACUCCCUCAGUUUCGUUUGAGUGGACUUGGAAAUGGAAACCCCCAAAGAAUGUUGAAGAUAGAGGAGGUGGAUGGAGAAACUCCUGCAGCUUUGUCGAGUAUGAUCCUAGAGCCCACCGUUUGCACACUCUGGCUAGCUUCUCGUACUGGGUUUCUAAUCCAGCCUUGCCGCUAAGCCACCCUAACUCGCCGUCACCUCCGUUCCUCUUGGCCGCACCUCCCAAGAUCCGAGUUGCGUCUUCUCAGUCCGUUGAUUCACGAAUCAGUCAAGCUGAGUUGGAGGAGCCUCCGUCACCCUUGCCGGGUAACCAGCCCUCCACACUGCUUCCCGUGCAGCAGCCACCAGCUCAGGAACCCGUAAAGGUGGAUGUUGCGUGUCCCAAGCCGACCGACGACGUACUUGUUCCCGAUGAUGGGCCCGUUUUUCGAGCGACGAUCAAAGCACUGGAGCAAAAGACAGGCAACAUGCGAACACAAAUGAAGCGUGUGCUCAAGAUGGCCAAACAAGCGCACGAAGCUCAGCUGGAGGCGAACAAGAACUUUUCGGAAUUCAUCGAUACACUACGUGAAGCAUCCUCCACAAACGCCAAUGCUGUUCAACCAGCCAUCGAGCAUUAUUUUGACAAGAUUGCACGGGAGAUUUUAUCUUAUGAGCGACAAAACACGGUCAACUUGAAACGAAUCGUGAUUGAUCCGCUGGACAAGUUUUACACGGUGGACAUCAAGCAGGCCGAAUCCAAGAAGCGAGACUUUGAAGAGGAAAGCAAGGAUUAUUACGCUUACGUUUCGCGAUAUCUCGGUCAGCGUCAUGAUUCAGUGAAGGCUAAGAAGCUUGCGGAGAGUGAUUCUAAGUAUCAGACGAAACGCCGAAAUUUCGAGCUUAAGCGAUUCGAUUAUUCUAGCUUCAUGCAAGAUCUCCACGGCGGUCGCAAGGAGCAGGAAGUCCUUUCCCACCUUACAAGAUAUGCUGAUGCCCAGACAAAGACCUUCCUUGAAGCGGCCAAGAGGAUCGACGUCCUGUUGCCGCAGUUGGAAGCAUUGUCCAACGAGGUGCAAGAAGCCGAUAAAGAAUAUCAAUACCAGAGGCGCGAGCGAGAAGAGAAGCGAAGACUACUGGAAAAGGGCAACCAGCCGUACAAUGAGCCUGAGCCAGUGCCGGUAGCAAGUACCACCAGCGCAGGCCAAGUCGCAGGCCCCAAUGGGAACGCAUACGUUUCCGACAGUGACCUUGGUCGCGCUGACAGCACAGGCUCUCAGCUGAAGGUCGGACUGACCUCUGGUUCUAACACCACUGUAGCCAUGGUGUCACCUGAGUUGUCAAGGUCUCCGGGCAGCUUGGGCAACUCCUCGGUUGGAAGCCCUGCACAAGCGUCCAAAUUCAAAGGCAUUCGUGAUCUGGAGGAGAAAGACUAUGGCCUGGCAAGUGCCAGCAGUGCCCAACGAAAAGAAGGCUUGCUAUGGUCUCUCAGUAGACCCGGCAACCAUGUCGACCCUCGUAACUUGAAUAAGCAGGGCUGGCACAAGUUCUGGAUCGUACUCGACCAGGGUAAGCUUUCAGAGUACAGCAAUUGGAAGCAAAAAUUGGAUCUUCACAUGGAUCCAAUCGACUUGAGAAUGGCAUCUGUCAGGGAGGCUCGCAAUGCGGAACGUCGGUUCUGCUUUGAAGUCAUCACGCCACAUUACAAGAGAGUUUACCAAGCCACCUCCGAAGAAGAUAUGAACAGCUGGAUCUUGGCCAUCAACAAUGCAUUACAAAGUGCAGUCGAGGGACGCGUUGCAAGGGAUAGGUCGGGCCCAGGGUCUACGAGCGACUCCGGUUCCAUUCGGAAGGACAUUGGUUCCAUUCUGACCGGCAAGAGUCCUUCCGUUGGACACAAUAGCCACCACGCGCAUUCCAACAGCGGUGCGCCUGUACGCCGAAUAACCGUCGGCGCUCGACCAAGCACGCAUCGAUCUACGAGUUCGAGCUAUGACGACAACCCUGACAAGCUGCUGCAACUGCUUCGGGACAAUGACCAGGGCAACUGCUGGUGUGCGGACUGUGGAUCGGGAACUAAAGUUGAGUGGGUUUCGAUUAACCUGGCAAUCAUUGUUUGCAUUGAGUGCAGCGGCAUCCAUCGCUCUUUGGGUACACACAUCAGCAAAGUCCGAUCUUUAACCUUGGAUAUCAACUCUUUCACGCCCGAUAUCGUCGAGCUCUUGCUACUUGUUGGAAACAGAGUAUCAAAUAUGAUUUGGGAGGCGAAGCUCGAACCUGGUAUCAAGCCAGGACCUCAAGCAACACGGGAGCAGCGUUUAAAGUUCAUCACAGCGAAGUACGUGGAUAGGGCAUAUGUAGAGCCCAUCUCAGCAACACUCUCACGCUACCCCACCCCCGAAGACACCCUUCUAGCAGCUAUCAAGAAAAAUGAGAUUCAGCAGGUUAUUUACGCCUUGGCCCUCAAGGCGAGCCCGAACGUCACAGACCGUUCGCGGGGAACACACGCAGUCUACCUGGCGCUCGCGGCAGCAGAUCCUGCGUCUCCCUCACCAACUCCUGGGCAGCCAUCAGAGGCUGAGAGGAUGGUACCGUUCCCAGUGGCAGAGAUGCUUUUACAGAACGGGGCGGAGAUACCUGCAACGAUGCCAGCAUUCCCAUUGAGCCGCAGCGCUCAACUGUAUAUUGAAGAGAAGAGAGGCCGAAACACCGGUUUCUCGAACGAUACUGUCGGGUCACUACCUGGCAGUAUGAGCCCCAAUGAGAGGUUUCAACGGGAAAGGGAAGCACGUCUUCAGAAGCGUGUAAGCGCAGGAGGCCGUUUAGCCAAGAGUCCGAUUCCGGAAAGGUAG